AUGGAGAGAUGCUUUGGUCUCACCAGAAGACUACGGCCGAUUCCCACUCAAAACAACGUAAAUCUGAACCUAUUAAAAUCAAACAGCUGCAGUUCGAGAAACGGCCGUCUUCUGCUUGGUGUCGUACGCGUUAAUUGUGUUGACUGCUUAGAUCGGACUAAUACGGGCCAAUUCGUUGUUGGUCGAUUGGCUCUUGCUCAUCAACUCUAUGCCCUUGGUCUUCUACCACAACCUAAAUUGAUCAACCAGUCACAUAUUGAUCGUCUUCUUCAGGUGAUCAUCCUUGAUACCAUGUUUAUUAAGUUCUAA